AUGAAAAGCGCUAGGUCUCCAAUGCUAGCACAUACUCUUUAUCUUGAAGUCCCCUUCGAAGACUCCACACAAGCUGAGAUAGCCGUAAAGGUUCUGGAGCCAGAUCCAAUUCUCAGGCCAGAGGAUUUUGAAGUUGAUUAUUCUUCGAAAGAUCGCAAUUUAUGUAUAUCUUUCAAAAGCAUCGACGACCGCGUUCUUCGCGUAGGUGUCAGCAGUGUGAUAGAAAGCAUUAAGUCGAUCAUAGAAACCAUCGAUGAAUUCAAAUAG